CAGUGGUUCCUGGCUCAGGAAAAUCGUCUCAGAAACAUGUGGAAUGAUAUUGAGCUGCUAACAAAUGAUGAUACAGGAAGUGGGUACCUAAAUGUUGGUUCAAGACAAGAACAUGGAACUGCUUUAUAUCAAGUAGAUCUGCUAGUGAAGAUCUCCUCUGAAAAGGAAGCUUGUAACUUUGAUUUGAAAUUUUCAGAUACUGAAGUAGAUGUGGUUGGCCUAUGUCAAGAAGGAAAGUUUCUUUUGGUUGGUGAGAGAAGUGGCAACUUACAUCUUAUUCAUGUCAAGUCAAAGCAAACAUUACUCACUAAUGCUUUUGUUCAGAAAGCAAAUGAUGAAAAUCAGUGUACUUACCAGAAUCUCGUUAUUGAGAAAGAUGGUUCAAAUGAAGCGAUUGAGAAUGUAGACUUCAAUACAGUGAAAGAGUUACAAGGACAAAUCAAGUCCAAUUUUAUUUCUACUGAAAAUUAUCAUACUCUUGGAUGUCUCAGUCUUGUGGUUGGAGAUUUAACAAGUGAAAUCCCUGUGAUAAUUGGGGUAAUUCUUUGUGUAAAACUAUGGUUUUGGUUGCCUGAAGUACUAUCUGAAGACUCGGUCUCUGUUUUAGUAGUCAGAUGUCUUACAGAAGCUUUACCAGAAAACAGAUUGAGUCGGUUACUUCACAAACACAGAUUUGCUGAAGCUGAGAGCUUUGCUAUUCAGUUUGGACUGGAUGUUGAGCUUGUUUACAAGGUAAAAUCAAAUGAUAUAUUGGAGAAACUAGCUUUGAGUUCUGUGGACACCAGUGAGCAAACCGAAUGGCAAAAACUUGUAGAUGAAGCUAAGGAAAAUCUACAUAAAAUCCAGGACGAUGAAUUUGUGGUGAAUUACUGUUUGAAGGCUCAGUGGAUAACCUAUGAAACCACUCAGGAAAUGCUCAAUUAUGCCAAAACCAGGCUUUUGAAGAAAGAAGAUAAAACUGUUCUUAUUUAUUCUGAUGGCUUGAAAGAGGUAUUAAGGGCUCAUGCAAAGUUGACUACUUUUUAUGGAGCAUUUGGACCAGAAAAAUUCAGGUUGCCUGAUGCAAACUUUGAAAGCAAGUUUGAUGUGAAAAUGCUUGAGAACUUGCUCAACUCAAUUUCUACACCAGUCUCCUUGCAAAAACUUUGUCCAUGGUUUAAAAAUGAUGUGAUUCCAUUUGUGAGAAGGACUGUACCUGAAGGACAAAAAAUUAUUGCAAAAUGGUUAGAGCAAGCAGCCAGGAAUCUUGAAUUAACUGAUAAGGCAAACUGGCCAGAGAAUGGACUUCAACUGGCAGAGAUAUUUUUCACAGCAGAAAAAACUGAUGAGUUGGGAUUGGCUUCCUCUUGGCAUUGGAUUUCCUUGAAGGAUUAUCAGAACACAGAGGAAGUAUAUCAGUUAAGGACUUUGGUAAAUAACUUGCGAGAGUUGAUUACAUUGUAUAGGAAAUACAACUGCAAAUUGGCUCUCUCUGAUUUUGAGAAGGAAAAUGCGACCACCAUAGUGUUCCGAAUGUUUGAUAAAGUGCUGGCCCCAGAGCUUAUUCCCUCCGUCCUAGAGAAGUUUAUAAGAGUUUACAUGAGGGAACAUAACUUGCAAGAGGAGGAACUUCUUUUGCUGUACAUAGAGGAUUUACUCAAGAGAUGUAGCUCAAAGUCCACAUCACUCUUUGAAACAGCAUGGGAAGCAAAGGCCAUGGCAGUAAUAGGGUGUUUGUCUGACACAGAUCUCAUAUUUGAUGCUGUACUUAAAAUAAUGUAUGCAGCAGUGGUUCCUUGGAGCGCAGCUGUGGAGCAUCUGGUGAAACAGCACCUGGAAAUGGACCAUCCCAAAGUCAAGUUAUUACAGGAAAGUUACAAAUUAAUGGAGAUGAAAAAACUGUUACGAGGCUAUGGAAUAAGAGAGGUGAAUCUCCUAAACAAGGAAAUAAUGAGGGUGGUCAGAUACAUUCUCAAACAAGAUGUCCCAUCUUCUCUAGAAGAUGCUUUAAAGGUAGCCCAGGCGUUUAUGUUGUCUGAUGAUGAGAUCUACAGUCUAAGAAUUAUUGACCUAAUCGAUAGAGAACAGGGUGAAGACUGUCUCCUUCUGUUGAGGUCUUUGCCUCCUGCUGAAGCUGAGAAAACUGCAGAAAGAGUCAUCAUAUGGGCACGAUUGGCCUUACAAGAAGAACCAGAUAAUUCUAAAGAGGACAAGGCCUGGAGAAUGUCUGUAGCGAAGACGUCAAUAGACAUUCUUAAAAUACUACGUGACAUUCAGAAAGACAAUCUUCAGAAGAAGGAUGAAUGUGAAGAAAUCUUGAAACUAUUUAAAGUGGUUGCUAGCUUACAGGAGAACUUUGAGGUCUUUCUUUCAUUUGAAGAUUAUAGCCAUAGUUCCCUGGUAGCAGAUCUCCGUGAACAGUACGUUAGAACUCAUGAAGUUGCACAGGCUAAACACAAACCCAGGAGCACCCCAGACCCCACAGCUGCUGAGCUGAAGAGGCUGAGCAUGGAAUCAAAGCUGCACAGACAGGCACUGGCCCUGCAGGUGUCCAGACAAGAGCUAGAGGCACAGCUGACCUUGAGAGCCUUAAAAGACGGAAAUGUCGAAACAGCACUGAAAAAAUGCAGAGAUUUGUUUAAGUAUCACUGCAACCCUGACACUGGGAAAUUACUGUUUCUGACAUGUCAAAAGCUUUGUCAGAUGUUGGCUGAUGAUAUCCCAAUGACAGCACCCGUGGGAGUGAACCUUCCUUCCGAGAUACAUGAUCUAGCAUGCCAAGCUGCCACCAUCUGCAGUCCAGAUUUUUUACUAGAUGCUUUAGAAUUAUGUAAAUAUACUUUAACAGCAGUAGAGCUUUCAAGACAAUGCCAAAUGGAUGACUGUGGAAUUCUAAUGAAAACUGCUUUUGGAACUCACAAAGAUCCGUACGAAGAGUGGUCCUACAGUGAAUUCUUCAGCGAAGAUGGAAUUGUUCUUGAGUCACAGCUGGUGCUGCCGGUUAUUUAUGAAUUGAUUUCAUCACUUGUGCCUCUAGCUGAAAGCAAGAGACAUCCCUUGGAGUCUACAAGUUUGCCGUACUGCUCUAUUAGUGAAGGUGAUGGCCUUAUUUUACCUGCUAUAAAUUCCAUUUCUGCCCUGCUUCAGAAUCUUCAGGAAUCUAGCCAGUGGGAGCUGGCCCUAAGAUUUGUAGUUGGUUCAUUUGGUACCUGUCUUCAGCACUCUGUGUCAAACUUCAUGAGUACCAGUUUAAGUGAAAAGUUAUUUGGACAGACCACCUUAGUUAAAUCAAGGAAUGUUGUUAUGGAAUUGAAAGAAAAAGCCAUUAUGUUUAUCAGGGAAAAUGCUACAACACUGCUGCACAAAGUAUUUAAUUGUCGCCUGGUGGAUAUUGACCUGGCCUUGGGUUACUGCACUCUCUUACCCCAAAAAGACGUGUUUGAAAAUCUCUGGAAGCUCAUAGAUAAAGCAUGGCAGAAUUAUGACAAAAUUCUGGCACUAUCCCUGGUGGGCUCUCAGCUGGCCAGUCUUUACCAGGAAAUAGAAAUGGAGCUUAAGUUCCACGAACUCAGUACUGAUGCCCGGUGGGGUAUUCGCCUUGGUAAACUUGGAAUUUCUUUUCAACCAGUUUUCAGGCAACAUUUUCUCACCAAGAAAGAUCUCAUUAAAGCACUUGUGGAGAAUAUAGAUAUGGACACAAGCCUCGUUCUGGAAUAUUGCAGCACAUUUCAGCUGGACUGUGAUGCAGCUCUUCAGCUGUUCAUCGAAACACUGUUCCACAACACCAAUGCCAGCCAAAGCCAGAGGAUUGGGAUUGCAAGCCCAGAAUCUACAAAGCAGCAGCGGUCCAAGCUCCUGGCCAAAGCCCUCGAGAUGGUUCCUUUACUGACAAGCACAAAAGAUUUGGUCAUCAGUCUCAGUGGAAUACUACAUAAGUUGGAUCCCUAUGACUACGAAAUGAUCGAAGUUGUCCUGAAAGUUAUAGAAAGAGCCGAUGAAAAGAUAACCAAUAUUAAUAUUAAUCAGGCAUUGAAUAUUCUGAAACAUUUGAAGUCAUACAGAAGAAUUUCUCCUCCCGUGGACCUAGAAUAUCAGUAUAUGUUGGAACAUGUAAUAACUUUGCCAUCAGCGGCCCAAACUAGACUGCCUUUUCACCUAAUAUUCUUUGGCACAGCACAGAACUUCUGGAAAAUUCUCUCUACAGAACUCAGUGAAGAAUCCUUCCCAACGUUGCUCUUAAUUUCUAAAUUAAUGAAGUUCUCUCUGGACACACUGUACGUGUCUACAGCCAAACACGUUUUUGAAAAAAAACUGAAGCCAAAGCUCCUGAAGUUAACACAAGCGAAGUCCUCACCACUGAUUAACAAGGAAAUAACUAAGAUCACUCAAACCAUCGAGUCCUACUUACUGUCCAUAGUCAACCCCGAGUGGGCCGUAGCGAUUGCCAUCAGCCUUGCCCAGGAUAUCCCUGAAGGUUCCUUCAAGAUGUCUGCUUUGAAAUUCUGCCUUUAUUUAGCUGAAAGAUGGCUAGAGAACAUCCCAUCACAGGAUGAAAAGCGUGAAAAGGCCGAGGCUUUGUUGAAGAAGCUCCAUAUCCAGUACCGGCGAUCGGGCACGGAAGCUGUGCUCAUAGCCCACAAGUUGAACACGGAGGAAUAUUUAAGAGUGAUAGGAAAGCCAGCACAUCUCAUUGUCAGUCUGUACGAACAUCCCAGCAUCAAUCAAAGAAUUCAGAAUGCGUCUGGCAAAGAUUAUCCUGAUAUUCACGCAGCAGCUAAAGAAAUAUCCGAAGUCAAUGAAAUUAAUUUGGAAAAAGUCUGGGAUGUGUUGUUGGAGAAAUGGCUGUGCCCUUCAGCAAAACCUGAGGAAAAUCCAUCGGAAUUGUUUGAACUUCAAGAAGAUGAAGCACUACGAAGAGUGCAGUAUCUCCUCCUGUCUCGUCCGAUGGAUUACAGUUCAAGAAUGCUCUUUGUGUUUGCAACAUCAGCAACAACUACGCUGGGUAUGCAUCAGUUAACGUUCGCUCACAGGACACGAGCUCUGCGGUGUCUCCUGUAUUUGGCUGACAAGAAAACUAUAGAAUCUCUCUUUAAAAAACCCAUUGAAGAAGUGAAAUCUGAUUUGAAAUGUAUAACUUUUCUGGCAUUAUUUGAGACUUUGAAUAUCCCCAUCACAUCUGAACAAUUUCGCAACAGUCCUAAAGAAGGAAUGAUUAAGGGUCUGUGGAAAAAUCACAGUCACGAGGCCAUGGCAGUAAGAUUAGUGACUGAGCUUUGUUUAGAAUACAAAAUCUAUGACCUGCAGCUUUGGAAUGGACUCUUGCAAAAGCUUCUUGGCUUCAAAAUGAUUUCUUAUCUAAGGAGAGUUUUAAAAGCCAUGUCUAGUAUCUAUUCUUUAUGGCAGGUGCCCUACUUCAGCAAAGCUUGGCAGCGUGUGAUUCAGAUACCACUACUUUCAGCCUCUUGUCCUUUAAGCCCUGGUCAGCUAUCAGAGUGUUGUGAGAGUCUCAUCGCUGUCCUAGAAUGUCCAGUUUCAGAUGAUCUCGACAUGAUCGGGGUUGCCAGGCAGUAUGUCCAGUUGGAGCUUCCGGCUUUUGCAUUAGCUUGUCUGAUGCUCAUGCCACACUCAGAGAAAAGGCACCAGCAAAUUAAGAAUUUUCUGGGCUCAUGUGAUCCUCAGAUCAUUUUACAGCAACUAGAAGAGCAUAUGAACACCGGCCAAUUAGCAGGAUUUUCACAUCAAAUUAGAAGUCUGAUUCUAAAUGAUAUCAUAAGUAAGAAGGAGUUUGGGAUUUUGGCAAAGACAAAAUACUUUCAAGUGUUGAAGCUGCAUAUGAUGAACACCAACAACAUCUCUGAACUAGUGAACUAUGUGGCAAAUGAUAUAAGUGUAGGUGAAGCUUCAGUCUUGGUAACUGAAUAUUCAAAGCAUCUCGGGAAACCUGUACCGCCAGACGCCUCUCCCUGUGACAUCCUAAAGAUGUUUCGUACUGGAUUAUGGUAAAUCAUUGAACCUUUUUUCAAGAAGGACAGGAGCAAGUUUGGACUCUGCUACAAAUGGACCGUAUUUAUUACAGUUUUAAAUUGUGCAAUCUCUGUGUUAUAGCAAUUUGUCAACCAUCAUCCCCCAAGUAAUAUAUUUAAUAUUAGUAUAAUUGCCCCAU